GCGACUGAAUGCAGAAUUAGAAGCAAAAACAGAAAAACUGGUACGUCAGGCUGAAGCAGUAAUGAAAAGCCAACAGGAGAGACUCUCAAGACCAGUUUCAGUACAGACUAAGUCACGUGAAGACAACAGUCAGAGAGAUCCACUCUGUCCUGAAGUUUUAUCUCUUGUACGCUCAUAUGUCAAGCUAGCAAACAAGAAGAAAUGUGCUUCUGCGCCCACGGCUCAGGACAGACCGUACUCUGGAAGUAAGGGAAAAAGGACAACUUCAAGUUCAAAAAUAAGAAACCUGAAAGUACGAAGCGCUGAUGAUGUUGCAGUACUGGAAGAUUGCAUAGAUUUUUCUUUAGAAAAAACAAUAAGCAAAAUUGAAGAAAAACUACAGAAAGGAGGCUUACCAGAUUGUCCAGAUGAUGACAUUAUUCCAAGUGCUGGAAGUGAAAUUGGAGCAGAAGCUCAAAUCAGAUUUCUUAAGGCAAAGUUACGUGUUACACAGGAAGAGCUCGAUAGUGCAGUGAGUGAAUGCAGGAAAAAGGAUGAUGAAAAUCAGAAUUUAAAAUCUCGGCUUAAAGAUGUGGAAGAAGAAAACACCAGACUGCAGCGAACAAUCAACGUGCAGCGUUCCCAGACUGAGAAGUACAAAAUGUUGUCACAAGAAGCAAACAAAAGACGUGAAGGGUUACAACAAGAGGUCACUGCGCUAGAAAAGGAAUUGGAGAAUCUAAAGCGUGUACAUAAGCAGGCCACAGCCAGUCACAGUGCAACAGAGGUUCGCUUGAACAGGGCCCUGGAAGGAGCAGAAAGGUACAAGGCGGAGCUGAAUAAAUUGAAGCAAAGGAACAAGGAUGUAGCUAACCAAGAACUCAGAAGAAUUGAAGAAUUAAAAACAGAAAACAGGAAACUGCAGAAACAAAAAGCAGAGCUAAUUACAGGUUUUAAAAAGCAGUUACAGUUAAUUGAUAUUUUAAAGAAACAAAAGAUGCACAUUGAAGCUGCUAAGAUGCUGUCUUUUACUGAAGAGGAAUUCAUGAAAACUCUUGAGUGGGGAAAUCAUUGA